AUGCUCGCUGCUAUUGCUCGUUUAGUCCUCUUUGUAGCAGCCGUAAGCGCCGUAUCCGACUUAAAGCCUCUAUCUGCUGAAAUUGCCAACGCCGAUCUGGGAACUGCCCACGUCCGCGCCGUUGACCCUCCGGCGCCGACGGGCCAGGCCCAGCCUGUCGAUGCUCACGGCCCUGAAUUCUUCACUAUUAGUCUUUCCAUUCUCCAUACAGCGGCAGUCACUACUGUUCACGUUGAAGGGGCUGGCUCGAAAGAACCGGUCGGAGGUCGUCUCGCCCCGGGCACUCUAGCCGACAAUGGCGUGACCCAAUUCAUCGUACCACGCGACUACUAUGGAAACAUUGCUUUUAAUAAUGCUGAAUUCCGAGCGGACACCGGUGAUGAGUCCCUUCUCGAGUUUAGCUUUACAAACCAGAACGGCAUUUAUACUCCAGACAUUGAUGUCAGCUACGUGUAA